CAAGGUAUGACCCAUCGCUUUGCCUAGGAGGCCUCCCGGAACGUGGAGCAGAAAGCCUGGCCAUGGCCGGGUCCCGCAGGUUGGAGCUGUCCGAGGCCCUGGCGCUGGGGCCCGGCUGGCGGCAUGCGUGCCACGCCAUGCUCUACGCGCCAGACCCGGGCAAGCUCUUCGGCCGCAUCCCGCUGCGCUACGCCGUGCUGAUGCAGAUGCGCUUCGACGGGCGCCUGGGCUUCCCGGGCGGCUUCGUGGACGCGCGGGACGGCUGCCUGGAGGACGGGCUGAACCGGGAGCUGCGCGAGGAGCUGGGCGAGGCGGCGUCGGCCUUCCGCGUGGAGCGCGCCGACUACCGCAGCUCGCACGCCGCGGCCGGGCAGCGCGUCGUGGCGCACUUCUACGCCAAGCGGCUGGAGCUGGAGCAGCUGGUGGCCGUGGAGGCCGGCGCCCCGCAGGCCAAGGACCACGGGCUGGAGGUGCUGGGCCUGGUGCGGGUGCCCCUGUACACCCUGCGUGAUGGUGUGGGAGGCCUGCCCGCCUUCCUGAAGAAUUCCUUUAUUGGCACUGCCCGGGAGCAGCUACAGGAAGCCCUGCAGGACUUGGGACUGCUGGAAUCUGGCUCUGGCCGUAAGACUUCAGCCCAUAGACCUCAGUAGACACCACCCUCCCUGGAAGCCUGGAACCCGAGAUGCCUGAAAAAGUAUGCCAAGUGGUGUUGAACAGGGAUAUAGGGCCUGUCUGGAGAAUUGAAGACAACCUGAGCCACACAUUGGAAAACUUGGCUGGAAGACAAGUCUCAGCAUAGACUGGGGGUGCCGGAUGUGGCCUCGCCAACAUGGGAGUCUGCAUUGAUGAAUUCCUACAUGGUAAUGCAGAGGCUCCCAGAAGUGUUCUUGAAGACCAUGGUGUGUGAUCCGGCCUCAGAGACUGCACACUCUUGCCAUAGUCUCUUAAUGAAGUAAGUGGGUUAAGGAAAGCCGAGAUAAAAGGGAAGAGAAAUGGAAGAAGAGAAAUGGAACUCCGACUCUUGAUAGACCCAAGGUCUGAGGGGUGGGGCUGAGGACCAGCAGGUUAGGACAAUCUGAUAAAUGUUUCCUGGACCUUUCAAGGUGCAUUCUUGAUUUGAAGUUAGAGUCCAGCACUUAUUUUUAGGCAGAAUAUGCCAAUUAUGUUGUUAACCUUUGUGCCUGGGUUUCCUUUAUUUGGCAUAUGAAGAUAAUAGUAUCCCUACCCCUGAAUGAUACUGUAAGGCCUAAAUAUGUUAACACAUAAAAAGGAGCUUAGAAUACUGCCUGCCACACAGGGAGUGCCAUAGAAUGUUAAUUACUCUCAUGGUCAUUGGCUUUUUAUUAUUUAGCUCCUAGCCAAACAUACAUGUAUGGUGACAUUUUCUCUGUCCAGGACAGAAGGGCACUGUGCUCACGUAAUGCUACUGCUCCAGUGUCUACCUGCAGUGCCAGUUGAUGUUGCUGUAAUCAGUGUGAUGUGAAAUUUGUAAAAAUUACACGAUCAUUGGGGAUGAUCUCUUGAUCAGUGUAAGAAUUCUAAUGCUUUUGACAUUGAAUUUUGAUGUUAGCAUGCAGAUCCCCAGCCUUUUGACUGGAAUGGACUGGUAUUUUCUGCCCAUCCUUUUUUAUUCAACCAGAAUCUCACUGCUUUACUAAAAUUCCAUAUUUUUCCCUAAUUUAGGAGUCUUAAGAUCAAAACCCAAACAAUACACAAUAAUUUCCCCAGCAAAAGUAGUGUAUUUUUAUGUUUCUCCCUCACCCCUGCUGUCUUUUAUUAGAAUGAUCUAGCGUGAUCAAUCAAAUUAUUUAUGAUUUCAUUUUUACAUAACUCAUACUUUUACUUGUUAACUGUAUUAUUUCACAGCCAUCAUUAGCACAGUUACUUAGCACUAAAUGUGGAUAUAUUAGAAGGCUGUGUACACAACCAGCUCACUAAUCUUUUACACCAUCUUCCCACUGAGCAGUUCUUCCCUGGGAUCCACCUGCUACAUCAGUGUCCUCCAGACAACUGUAUGGGUAAUAGCCAUGCUUUCACACUCCAUGUCAGUGUGGAUAACCGUCAAGUUUUUGCUACUGUGUGUGAGCGCAUUCUCCCAUCUUACAAAUGUCCUAGUCUGGAAAGCCGCUGUGAUGCUGUUCUUUGGUGUUAUCUUUCGUCUCCCUGAGCAGUGAGUCCUGUCAACUGCACGUAUUAUCUUUGUUCUCAUUCUGGAGCCCAUACUUUGCUUCAAGUCCCUGAACAACUACUGCAUCAGUCUGUUGGAAAAGCCCAGCUAGAGAGUGUUCUUUGUAAUUUACAUGUGGUGUUCACUUCCUGUACUGUUUGUAAUAUGUGGCACAGACCUAACAUUACUUCCUGUGUGCUUAGGUUAGCUGGAGGCAGUUCUUCAGCUCCUUUGCUCUCCAACAGGCAUGAGAUCCAUCACUCGCCUGUUCCACCCCUGUUUACAUGGCCUUUGCCUACAUCCACACCCGGGCGUUGGUGCUGGACACCAGGAUGUCAUGAACCCAUCAGUUGUGCUCCUCUGAGUCUUGGUGAGGGUGGGGGCACUAGACUGUGAGUGACAGCAGUCCUGCUUGGGGCCUCUUUUUCCAGGGGACUCUGUAGAACCCUUUCCGGAGUGGAAGCAGAGUGGCCUGUGCCACUGCAGCAGCUGGCAGUGCCCGUGGGGAGCAGCAGCCCUGGUGGGGUUGGACACCGGUGUUUGUGUGUGUGCACCAGGGUGACUCAGCGCUCUGGGAGAUGCUCAGACACUCAAACUCCCUCCAGUCUGGAGCCUUUGGGAAGGAGCUUCCUGCUGUGUUUCCAGGCCUCAGUCUGCCCCUCGCUAGCUAUGUUGCUUUUCCAGAGAGAAGAUUCUGCACGGUGAUUUUAUCUCUGUAUAUCUGGCCUCUGCCAGAUGGUGCCUGCCACUGCAGGGCGUGGGAACCACCAUGUUUGUCCAUGUCAGGAGGAAAGUGGGACCACGUGGUUUCUGUCCUACAUGUGGUCAGGUUCUCUGGCUGUGAAGCUCAUAGAGGAGAUUCCCUUGUCCCUCUGCCCUGCCUGGACCCCUCUUUCUCAGCAUGGGCUGUUUCUUCUAAAGAAACCCCUGCCUCCUGUUCUCCCUUCAGAGGUGGCCCAAGUUCCAUCAUCUGUUUGUUUUUUUAUUUAAUUUUUAUUACACAUUUUAAAAUUUGUUAAAAAUAUAUUUAUUUGAAAGUCACAGAUUAGAGAGAGAGAGAGAGAGAGGUAGAUCUUCCAUCCAGUGGUUCAUUUCCCAGAUGGCCACAAUGGCCACUGCACAGACAGGUUGCAACCAGGAGCUUCUUCCAGGUCUCCCACGUGGGUGCAGGGGGCCAAUCUUUUGGAAUAUCUUCCGCUGUUUUUCCCUGGCCAUUAGCAGUGAGCUGCAUCAGAGGUGGAGUAGCCACAAGACAAACCAGCACUCAUAUGGGAAUCCAGUGUCACAAGUAGCGGCUUUAUCAAUUACACCACAGUGCCAGCCCCUAAAUGUUUUUUGACACAUGAAAAUUACACACGUUUAUAGAUUUACAUAUUUAUGGGUUGCCAUGUGAUGUUUUGAUACAUGCAUAAAUUAUGUAAUUUUUAACUGGGGGAGACAUAUCCUUCUCUUUAAAAAUGUAACCCUUCUUUUUGGUAAAAACAUUGAAAAGACUACCUUUCUUUCUAAUAGAGAGAAAUCUAUGGUCACCUUACUGUGCAACAGAGCCCUAGAACUUCUUGCUGCUAUCUUGCUUUGACUUAGUAUCCAUUGAUCAACUUUCUCCUUUCUUCCCUCCCCAACCUAUGCCAACCAUCAUCAUGCUUUUUUUAUUUUUUUAACUUUUAUUUAAUAAAUAUAAAUUUAAAAGUACGGCUUUUGGAUUACAGUGGCUUUUUCCCCCCAUAACUUCCCUCCCACCUGCAACCAUCCCAUCUCCCGCUCCCUCUCCCAUUCCAUUCACAUAAAGAUUCAUUUUCAAUUAUCAUUAUAUACAGAUGAUCAAUUUAGUAUAUAUUAAGUAAAGAUUUCAACAGUUUGCACCCACAGAAACGCAAAGUGUUACGUACUGUUUGAGUACUAGUUAUAGCUUUAAUUUACAUUGUACAACACAUUAAGUAUGGAGAUCUUACAUGGGGAGUAAGUGCACAGUGACUCCUGUUGUUGACUUAACAAUUUGACACUCUUGUUUAUGGUGUCAGUAAUCUCCCUAGGCUCUUGUCAUGGGUUGCCAAGGCUAUGGAAGCCUUUUGAGUUCACCAACUCCGAUCUUAUUUAGACAAGGUCAUAGUCAAAGUGGAAUUCUCUCCUCCCUUCAGAGAAAAGUACCUCCUUCUUUGAUGGCCCAUUCUUUCCACUGGGAUCUCACUUGCAGAGAUCUUUCAUUUAGGUGUUUGUUUUUGUUUUUGUUUUUGUUUUGCCAGAAUGUCUUGGCUUUCCAUGCAUAAAAUACUCUCAUGGGCUUAUCAGCCAGAUCUGAAUGCCUUACGGGCUGAUUCUGAGGCCAGAAUGCUGUUUAGGACAUCUGCCAUUCUAUGAGUCUGCUGUGUAUCCCACUUCCCAUGUUGGAUCCUUCUCUCCUUUUUAAUUCUAUCAGUUAGUAUUAGCAGACACUAGUCUUGUUUAUGUGAUUCCUUUGACUAUUAAUCCUAUCAUUAUGAUCAAUUGUGAACUAAAAUUGAUCCCUUGGACUAGUGAGAUGGCAUUGGUACACGCCACCUUGAAGAGAUUUAAUUGGAAUCCCCUGGCACAUUUCUAACUCUACCGUUUGGGGAAAGUCCGAUUAUGCACGUCCCAAAUUGUACAUCUCCUCCCUCUCUUAUUCCCACUCAUAUUUAACAGGGAUCACUUUUCAGUUAAAUUUAAACACCUAAGAAUAAUUGUGUGUUAAUUGAAGAGUUCAACCAAUAGUAUUAAGUAGAACAAAAAAAAUACUAAAAGGGAUAAAGUAUUAAGUUGUUCAUCAACAGUCAGGACAAGGGAUGAUCAAGUCACUGUUUCUCAUAGUGCCCAUUUCACUUCAACAGGUUUGCUUUUUGGUGCUCGGUUAGUUGUCACCGAUCAGAGAGAAUAUAUGAUAUUUGUCCCUUUGGAUAUUUCACUCAGCAUCAUGUUUUUUUUUUAAAAAAAUAAAAGAUUUAUUUAUUUGAAAGUCAGAGUUACAGAGAGAGAAAGAGAGAGAAGGAGAGAGAAAUUUUCCAUCUGCUGGUUCACUCCCCAAUUGGCCACAAUGGCUGGAGAUGUGCUGAUCUGAAGCCAGGAGCCAGGAGCUUCCUCCAGGUCUCCCACGUGGGUGCAGGGGCCCCAGGACUUGGGCCAUCUUCUACUGCUUUCCUAAGUCACAGCAGAGAGCUGGAUCAGAAGUGGAGCAGCCAGCCGGGACCCGAACCGACGCCCAUAAGGGAUGCCGCCACUGCAGGUGGUGGCUUUACCAGCUACCCCACAGCGCCGGCCCCACCAUUAUGCUUUGAACUUCCAUGAGAUCACCUUUGGAUACUUCACGUGGGUGAGAUCAUGGGAUACAUCUUUCUGUGCUUCGCACACUUCAUUUCACACAAUGAUCUUCAGUUCCGUCAGAGUUGUGAAUGACAACACUCCGUGAUCCGUGAACGACUGAGGCAUAUUCCCAGUGUGGCUGGGUCACACUUUCCUUAGCCACUCCUAGGGUGGAUUGACACUGAGGCCAUUUCCCUUUGUGGGCUGUUGUGAGCCGUGCUGCAGCAAGCAUGGGAGAGCAGGUGUCUGUGGCAGGCUGACUUCAUUCCGCUGGGUCUUACCCCCUGUAUUGGGAUUGCUGGAUCGGAGGGUAGUUACAUUUUUAGUUUUUUGAGAAAGCUCCGUUUGGUUUUCUGCAACAGCUGCGUUAGUUUACAUUCCUCCCAACAGGGUGCGAGGGUUUCCUUUUCUCCGCGUCUUCUCUGGCACUUGUCAUCUUUUAUCUCUCUGACAGUGGUCGUUCCAGCUGCGGUGGAAUGGCAUCUCGUUGGCGGUUCAUUUUGUGUUACUGAUGAUGAGUGAGGCUGAGCGUUUGUUCAUGCCACGUUGGCUCAGUUUAGAUCUCAGCAUCUUCUGGUUUAGCUUGAAUUCUGACUCUCUCUAGUUUCACCCAAGAUUAGGCUUUGAAUCCCCUCUUUUCCCUUUGUCUGUUGAGGGUAGACGCUUGGGAAGAAAACGUUUCUGUGCAACAAACUGACUUCCAUUCCUGACCUUGUCGGCUUUGCUUUCCAAGGGAAGGAGGCAUCAUCUUCCCACAGACGUCUCAGUGGGGAUGAAGCAGAUUUGCCAGAUUUUCUGAAGGUUUAUUUAUGUAUGCAAAAGUUAACAGAGAGAGAAGGAGAGACAGAGGGAGAUCUUUCCUCCACUGCUCCACUCCCCAGUUGGCUGCAAUGGCCGGGGCUGGACCAGGCGGAAGCCAGGAUCCAGGAGAUUCUUCCAGGUCUCCCAUGUGGGUAUGUGGGGCCUAAGCACUUUGGCCAUCCUCUGCUGCUUUUCCGAGGCCAUUAACAGGGAGCUGGAUUGGAAGUGGAGCAGCUGGGACAGGAACCAGCACCCAUACGGGAUGCCAGCAACAGCUUUCCCUGCUAAGCCACGAUACCAGCCGACAGAAACUUCUUAACUGGAAAGGUUUAGUUUAGGAUUAGGAGGGCCCGCAGCAACAGCAGGCAAUCUGGGGAAAAAGUGCAAAUUCAGAGUGGAUGCACCUUGCAGGUUGUGCUGAGAAAGGCAGACAAACUCACGUGUCUGGGAGGAGGUGGCCGGGGACACUCACCUUCCAAGACACAAAGCGUGCUAAGAAGCAGGAAGCAAGCGUGGCAUUUGGGGCUGAAAUAGUGCAGAGUGCAUCUCUCCCAGGCUUACCCCAAGCGCUAGUCAAUUAACCUUCACCACAGGAAUCAACACCAACAUUUCAGAUAAGGAAAGCAGGCCCCAUGGCUGGCCUGGCCUCACAGCAGUGAGUGGAGGUCACAGAGUGACAGGGGCCCCAUCUUCUGUCUGCCCCCGGUGUGGGGAUUUAUCAAGGCCAGAGAAGCCUCCACUGCAGCCAUGGCUGGGUUCCCCCAUCGCUCAGCAGGAUGGGAGUGGGCGAUAGAGGAGAAUGGCAGAGUCUGACUUGUACCCCCUCCCUCCUGCCCACCGAGGGGCAUUUCAGUGAGAUGAUCUGAGACCCACCAAGGCCAGCAGCCUUCCAGGUGGUGAGCUCAGACCCAGCUGCUGCCCAGGAGGGGAUGUUUGUGGGUAACUCAGGGAAGGUGGGGGCAUCGCCCCUCAACCAUCCCCAGGGACUCAGGUAUUUUAGGAAACUUCAUAUAAAUAAGUGGAGAAAUGAACUUCCCAGGGAGGCACUGAGAGACGCACGGCAGGGACGCCCAAGCACAUUAAGAGGGAGGAUUGCCCAGGGGCCCCACUCAGUAACUGGGGGGACCAGAGGGCAUCCGAUUAUGUGUUCUGGAGCCAGAGCUGCCCGGGAUCAGAUCUGAGAUGAGGGGUCUGUUAGGGGUACAGCCGUGGGUGAGUUUCUGGAGUCGUGCUUGGCCUCAGGGUCUCCACUGUCCAUGCAGAGAUGCCCAGUGUCCUGUGCUACAUGACAGGAGGCACAGAUGAAGUCGUGGAGGCUGGGCUGUGGGCGGCACUCCUGUGUCCAUGCCCUGCAGCUUCCAUCCUGAGAAUUUAGUCUGGAUAGCGUCUGACAGAAGGGCAGGGUCCACGAGGAGGGAACGAGACACAGGAAUUAAGCCCUCUGGGAGUCUAGUUGAUCUCAGCAGCUGCUCUCAAUCAUCCAGCCUGGGCUUCCAAGACCAGGAGUAGCCACCAUGGCCAUGAUGUUGCAGGUCCAGACCACAGCCCACUCCUGCUUCUUCACAGCCGCACUCCUGCAAUGCUCUCUCCUGACAGGACUGCCUCCCCCACAGCUGUCACUGGGCUAGCAGUCCCUCCUCUUGCUCACUGAGGGUGCUGGCUCCUGGCCCACUCCAUCCUCUCCAACACCUGGCCGUCUCCCUUCAUCCCCCACAUGGACGCAACCCCUUCCCUCUGUCCUUGCCACCCCCAGAUUUCAUCCCCUUGCAGCUCCUCCCCUGCCUCAGGCCAGCCAGCACACAUCCCAAACCUCAACUUUUCCUGAGACUCUCUCAAUGUCCAAAACUCUCCUCUGCCUCAAAUGCACCCCACUGCUCUCCCCCUCACCAUGUUGCAUUUUUUUCUGCGUGGAGAUCGCUAAUUGUCUAACCCCCCAGAAUCACCUCUUGUUUCAUUUCUCAUCUUAGCAAGAUUGAACCUAAGACCCCACAAUCUAACAUUACAGUAUCUCCCAAGGAUUUCGCCUUAAAUGCCUUGCCUCUCUCUCCCUUGUACUUCCCUGGAAAACCCCAGCUCUACAGUGUCUUCACCCAACGAGGAGAAAGCAGGUGCAAGCAAGCAAGCCCAGUCCACGGGAACCCAGGUACACAGCCGGGCACCCAGUUUUUAGUGUGACCCGAGCAGCUCACAGCUCAGCCUUGCCCAUGCUGCUGUGUUUAAUAGAUUUGCUUUUCACUGAUCAGGUCUCACUCGUGUCACCAAGGGGAGAUUCAGAUCUCCUGGUCCCACCAUUAGCUGAUCCAUCCUUAGCCUCUUGUCUUUGCGCCCAGCCUCUUCAGAGCCCUGUGAAGCUACAGGAUGGUCUCCUGUCCUGCGAGAGGCCCUCCCCCUCCCCCCUUUCCCUGGAUUGUGCCCCUUACCACUUCCACUCCCAUCCCGUCUCUCAUAUGUUGGCAUCGACGUCACGUACUUAGCCUCUCACUUGAAAUGCUGCCCAGGCUCCAAAGUCCUCUCUGACACCCCAUGACCUUUGUGGUGGACUUCUUACACUGUCCAUGUCGACACUGCCCAUUCUCUCAGCCAAACCAAACUUUUCCACGUCUCACCUGACCCUUCCCAGAAUUACUCCCAUCAAGGCCAUCGAAACCCUGUGCUCCUAAACCCAAGGGCAAAUCUGCCCUUGCUUCACCACAGGUCUCAUGGGCGCUGUGCAGAGUUCACUCCACACAGCAGCUUCCUCUCUCCCCCUGCUCUUCUUUUAAAAAAAUUUUAAUAAAGAUUUCAUAUGUUUAUUUGAGAGGUAGACUUACACAGAGAGAGGGACAGACAGAGAAAGGUCUUUCAUCUGAUGGUUCACUUCCCAAAUGGCCGCAACAGCCGGAGCUGUGCCGAUCCAAAGCCAGGAGCCAGGAGCCUCCUCCAGGUCUCCCAUGCAGGUGCAGAGGCCCAAGCAAAGAGCUGGAUUGGAAGAGCAGAAGCCAGGACACGAACCCGUGCCCAUGUGGGAUGCCAGCACCGCAAGUGGAAGUUUAACCUACCCCACAGCGCCCUACUCCCCCAUCUUCUUUAGAAGGCUUGGCGCCCUGAAACCUUCAGCCUUGCUUCCCACAGGACCCAGUCCCGACCUUCCUCUCCUGUAUCUCUCCGUGGGUGGCCCCAUCCAGUCUGGGGAAAACUUAUACCAUCUUUUAAAACCUCAGUAAGUCCUCAUCAAUCUUUCGUCACCCUCUCUGAAAUUAGAGUGUGCACCAUGUCCUUGUGACACCAUGUGGAAAAAAGACAAAGUGACAGAGAUGGGCUAAAAUGCUUAAUUUUUUGUGCUUUCUCAUACUAUUAGAAUCUUUAUAAUAUGUAUACAUUCUAGGGUUAUAAAAUGACUAGAAAAAGUAGAAAGGAGUUUAUACAAAACAGUCUACAUUAAUUUAAUGAAAAUAGAAAAGGAUUCAGGCAUGGGCAUGGGACCUAGCCAACUAGGAAAUCCAUGUAGAUCCUGAUUGGUUGAGUCUGGCCGCGUGCUCACCCCAGCCCCUCCCCACUGGCCCACUGCCCUAUGACCCCGAGUCUGGGUCCUCUGCCCUCAGCGUGGCCAGGAGAGCUGGGAGCUGUGGUUGCCACUCUCACCUUUUGUGAAUUUGUAUUUGCAAAAUUUACAAAAUGAUGAGUUCUCCAUCCCAAGCGGUGCAGACUAACUCAUUCCCUUACAACACCGCAUGGACAUUUCUGCUGCUGUAGGUGAUGUUGGAAUGGCCACAGGCAUUCUUGGCUCUGGUUGCAAGGGUGUUCCAGAGGAGAAUUGAACAACGCAGCUGCAGUGGAAUGUAUUGUGUGGUUUAUUUUUAAGUGAUGGCCAGGUGUUCCAGUGCAGGAGGGGCUUCUGGGGUAUUCUACCUAUAACUGUGCGGAUGCACAUAAAGGUGUUAUGAGAGGAAUCUGUCCUACUACACGCAGCCUGGAAGGGUGAGGAAGUGGAGCAGAAGUGAGGUUCCGCAUGAACAUGGCUGGGGCUGGCAUUAAUCCUUUGAUUAAGCCUCUGCCUGCGACAACAGCGUCCCAUGUGAGUGCUGGUCUUGUCCUGGCUGCUCCACUUGCAAUUCAGCUCCCUGCUAGUGUGCCUGAGAAAGCAGCAGAUGACCCAAGUGCUUGGGUCCUUGCACCUACAUGGGAGAUCCAGAUAGAGUUCCUGGUCUUGGCUUCAGCUUGGCCCAGCCCAAGCUGUUGCAGCCAUUUGGGGAGUAAACCAGCAGAUGGAAGAUCUCUAUCCCCCCCUCCCUCCCCAUCUCUAUCCUCUCUCUCUCUCUCUCUCUCUCUCUCUCUCUCUGUAACUGUGCCUUUCAAAUAAACAAAUAUAUCUUUUAAAAAAAUGAACACUGCCAGAAGGUAGCUCGUGGAAAAAUUUUCCACGUCUUAAAACAGUUCAUACAAGGAAAAGUCCACAAAUUCAAAAGAGGUUUUCUUACAUUCUAAUAAAGUCCUAAAAGUUUUCUAUGACAUUAUCAGUAAUGAGCAUGGUUCCCACCACUCCACCCCAGUAACAAGGAGGGCCAGGCCUCCUUGUGUGGGCAGAACAGGUUCUGUGGGGCUGAAAUGUCAGAGGACUUCAGGAAUAGUCUUCCAGAAAAAAAGAAGCCCAAAUUAGAUAGGAAACGGAAUAUUGAUUAAGGAUGUAAAUUCACAACAAAUGACAACUUCAGAAAAGUUUAAAAAAUUGCCACAGACACAAUGGGAUUCAGAAAAAUAACAUUGAGGUACAGUGAAUGACCUGAUAACUGUGUGGGAGUUUUAGGAAUACCAAAGUCAGUGUAUCUUGUCUGUUUUCUGUGUAGUCACAGAAGUGAUCUAUGAUAAAAA